AUGGAGGGCGACAGGCCGCACAUCGCGGAGGUCAUCCCCAAGGCCGGGCUCGUGUACAGCGAGAAGGGCCAACUCGGCGAGACCCUGUCCAAGCCCAAGAUCAUGCCCCUGAAGUCGAUAUCCCUCGAGCGAAUCGAGGCGAUGGAACGCGAGGCGAAGCAGCUCGCCGAGACGAUGGCGCAGCGCGAAAAGGAGGAGAAGGAGAAGGAGGAGAAGGCGCGAAAGGAAACGCGGGGGCUCGAAUGA